AAUGGCUGGACGGACCAUGACAUAUGUGAGAGAUGGUUCAGUGAUGUGUUUAUUCCUGAAGCCAGCUCUCACCGUGUCAAUAACAAACCUAGUAUACUGACCCUUGACGGCCAUAGCUUGCAUGAACAAUCCGCCAUCCAGAGAAUUGCCUACAACAACCAUAUCAUUAUUUUUUGUAAUGGUACAUCAAUUGUAACAUCAAAAACCAUGCAUAAAUUGCAGCCUCUUGACGUCAUUGUCUUCUCGCCAGUUCAAAGGAAGUGG